AUGUCCGCCAUGGACUGUGGUGCUGCCAAAAUGCCCAACAAUGCAUGCUUCCCGGCCCCAAUUCAAACCCACAUCAAGAGCCAGGAUUCUUAUUCGUCUGCGCUAAGCCACGAUGCCAUAGCAAUUCCUGAACCCAUACCGUCACCACGCCGAUGGUCUCCUACAUAUCAGCCCCGGAGAAGGAGCAGGCAAUUUCCGACAUUGUCAUUCGUGCCGUCCCCGACAUUACCACGCGCAGAGACUCAUGAAUACUCAACCACAUCACUAUCCAGGAGGCCUGUGAGUCGAGGACCAUCCUGUAUCUCACCCUUUCGAUCUGUACGCAAAAUGAAGGAACCAUUUCAGUUGAUGCUUCCCACGUCACCAGCAUCAUGCGACAAUGGACCUACAUUUCGCCCAAAGUCAAGCAGAGAGUCCAAACCGCUACCGAAUGGCCGUACAUUACGAACAUGGCGCUCCGACCAAAACCUCACAUGCACUAGCAUGUCUGCGUUCGGUCUCUUGCCUAGUCCGCCAAUGUCAGAGUCAAGACCAGCUAGCGCUGGGGCCGAUUCAUCAUCAUCGUAUUUUGAGAGUAAAAAUGAUGUCAAAGAAGAGGACAUCGGGGUCGCAACAUCCGAUCGUCAGAGCGAGACGUCAGAUGAGCCGAAUGACCCCGUCGAACUAGCGGAGAGUAUUGGGACAGACGACAGAAUCAACUACAUGGCGUACCACCCUCCCGGGUGGAAGGAUGAACCACGCGAGCCAUCCCCUGAGCAAAGAUGGACAGAAGUGACGAAUGUCCACGAAGCACAUUCGAAUCUUGUCCGGCAAUGCGACGCCAAUGAGACAAAACACACCGCCACGGAUCGCGACGAACACGCUAGAUCAAUUUCUUCUCCUCCAUCUAUCCCCGGAUCCAACCUCAUUCCAGGCAGCUCCCCGAGACCUCACCGGCCAAGGACAGCGACUGUCUCAAGUGAAGCCAGUUGGAUACCUAGUAAUCUGGCAUAUUGUGAGACAUGGCUGAAGGGUGUUCCCUUCGACCCCAUGACUGGGAAAGAUGAAAAUGUCAAGGAAUCCAACCGAAGGAAAGUUCAGAUUGUUGAACAAGAUCCUCCAGUUCCAAAAGUAGAUUUCAUCCCCGGUAUGAAAUCUUUAGACGAACCUUUGAGAUUUGCGGUGGCAAGCAAACCUAAGAACAAGCCAAGGCUGGUUGAUAUUGCUCGACAGUCAUCUCCAGCGAUGCCUCCGCCACCCUCCCUGAUGCCACAUCCUCUCCCAAUGACGCCAGAUCAUCGACAUGAGGAAGUGUCGGCUUUCAGCCCAGAUACACCACUUGACAUAUCGGACAAUGGCUAUGACACAAGAACUUCCGGCUACUCUCUCGAAAGUUACGAAGAUGCCAAAGAUGACGAUGCCUUUACCGAUCCAGGUUCGUUGACCUCGGACAGUGUAACAUCAACAAUUGUUGGCGAACGGCCUGAAACCGCGCAGGGAGAGCGCUACAGAUCACCUCAGCCGGAAAUUCGCUCUGGAAGUGUAAGCCCCGAAGUCAGACUACCCAUCCAUCAUCGCCUCGGUCAAAAAUCCAAUCACUCCGAUAAGGAGGAAUCCGAAGAGGCAACACCAUGGGAUGAUGCAAACCAUGAGUGGACUCUCGAUGAUCAUGAAUGGACGCUGGACGAACUGGAACACUCCGUCAAAGAUUUUCCCCGGCACAUGCUUCGACUCACAUCACCUGCGAUCUUGCAUGUCCGCAAAAGCGACGACCGAGAUUUCUUACGACCAUUUCGAACUAUUUUCCCAGAUGUCACAGAGAAUCUACUUGAUUGUCUCUGUGCAGCACUCAUUGCACGCAACUAUCUCCUUUCCUUAUCCACCAUUCACCGCCACAAACCCUCCUUACUGGCGCGUAAUGACAUCUACGGCAUUGACGCCAUUCCAACCAAGGCUUACAGCACUCUUGGUAUCCAACUUCCAUCAGGCUCUCCCGGUCGCAUUAAGGACCGAUUCCUUGGCUCUCGCAGUGCAGAUCUACGUCGGGAUGUCGAACGAAUCAUCGAUAACCUACUCUUCGCCAUCUGUGGACGUUCCGACGAAACUCUGAAAUCUGCCAUUGAAGUUUUAGCUCAGGUGCUAGAGGUUAAGGCACCAUAA